UUUCCGCGCUCCCCCCUUCCUUUCCCCUGAACUCCAACCCUCGCUCUCUCUAUCAGCUUCUCAUUCCGUCUCAAUAUGUCUCAAGAUGGCGGCCAAUGCGGGAUCAAUGUUUCAAUAUUGGAAGCGUUUUGAUUUACAACAACUGCAGAGAGAACUAGACGCCACCGCCACACAGCUCGCCAACAGACAGGAUGAGAGCGAACAGUCCAGGAAGAAACUCAUCGACCAGAGCCGCGACUUCAAGAAGAACACACCGGAGGAUGUAAGAAAACAGGUGGCUCCCCUGCUCAAGAGUUUCCAGGGAGAGAUCGAUGCCUUGAGCAAAAGAAGUAAAGAAGCAGAAGGUUCCUUCUUGAACGUCUACAAGAGAUUGAUAGAUGUUCCAGACCCCGUCCCUGUGCUGGAGUUGGGUCAGCAGUUACAGCUGAAGCUCCAGCGGAUGCACGACAUCGAGACAGAGAACCUCAAACUCAGAGAGACUCUAGAGGACUACAACAAAGAGUUUGCCGAGGUCAAGAACCAGGAGGUGACUAUUAAAGCGCUGAAGGAGAAGAUCCGGGACUAUGAGCAGUCCCUGAAGAACCAGGCUGAGAACCUGGUCCAGGAGAAACAGGUCCAGCUCCACAAUGACUAUGCAGAGAAGGAGAGAACGCUCCAGGAGAGCCAGAACUCCAUGUCCUCUAAGCUGGUUGAGGCUGAUCACAAGGCCCAGGCCUUACAGACAGCUCUUGAAACAACUCAGGCAGAGCUCUUUGAUCUGAAGACUAAGUAUGAUGAGGACUGCACCGCGAAGGCCGAUGAGAUUGAAAUGGUGAUGACAGAUCUGGAGAGAGCCAAUCAGAGAGCCGAGGCAGCACAGAGGGAGGCGGAAGCUCUGAGGGAGCAACUGACCUCUUCUAACCAAUCCCUGCAGCUGACCACCCACAUUCAGCCCACCCCAGACACGGACCAGGCGGUGGAGGCCCUGUCCCGCUCCAGUCUGGAGGCAGAGCUGGGGGCCAAGGACAGGGAGAUGGUUCAGCUGGUGGAAGAUGUUCAGAGACUGCAGGCCAGCCUGUCUAAACUCAGAGAGAGUUCCAGCACACAGAUCACACAGCUGCAACUACAGCUCAGCACCAAGACGGACACCCUCAAGCAACUGGAGGAAAAGCUGCAGGAACAUGCUGACUAUGAAGAGGUGAAGAAAGAGCUGAGCAUCCUCAAGUCUAUGGAGUUUGGCCCAACUGACAGCUCAGUGCAGGACAUGUCUAAACCCCUAGAAGUGUUGUUGUUGGAGAAGAACCGUAGUCUGCAGUCUGAGAGUUCCUCUCUGCGCAUCGCCAACACAGAGCUGAGCGGGUCAGCCGGGCGGAAAGGGAAAGAGGCGUCCGUGGAGGAGACCACCACGCCCAGUACCCCCUCCCUGCCUCCUCCUCUUCUCCCUCCCUCCCCCCAGCCCCGAACCCCAACUGACCCCCUUAACACCUCGAUCACCAACGGGACACACCCCUUCACCCCCACGGGCAUCGGCCAGGACUUCUACAGCCCCCCUUUCCCACUGGUGGGGGGCAAGAUGUCCCUCAACUCCCUCCUGCAGCGCCAGCUCAUGCAGACGUUCUACUCCAAAGCCUUGCAGGAGUCCACUCAGGGAGCAGCUCUACUGUUCGCCCCUGUCCACUACACCUCUACCUCCACCUCCGGCUCUGGCUCUAGCCCUGUCCCGCUCUCGGCCAGCCCCAUGCAGUCUCCUGCAGGCCCAGAGGUGAAUGGUAGUGGCGGUGCCCUGUCCCCCUCUCCCAGCCAGUCUGAGGGGACUGGGGGCAGUGUGUCUGACUGGGAGGACAUGGACACCACAGAGAUUGCCCGACAGAUCAAGGAGCAGCUGAUUAAACACAACAUUGGCCAGCGGGUGUUUGGCCACUAUGUUCUGGGCCUGUCCCAAGGCUCGGUCAGUGAGAUCCUGGCUCGGCCCAAACCCUGGAGCAAGCUGACCAUCCGGGGCAAAGAGCCCUUCCACAAGAUGAGGCAGUUCCUGUCUGACGAGCAGAACAUCCUGGCACUACGCAGCAUCCAGGGACGGCAGAGAGAGAGCCCAGGCCAGCCCCUUAGCCACGCAUUACAGGACGUACCGAUGCAGAGAGCCAGCUCUGACCAAGCCUCGCGGACAGGUAACAUCACCACACGCAUCCGUACCCCAGAGUGUGGUUCAGACGACGCCAUCAAGUCUAUCCUGGAGCAGGCCAAGAGAGAGCUGCAUGUGCAGAAAUCUGCAGACUUCUCCCAUGGUCCUUCUCCUGGUGGGGGGCUGAGAGGAGGAGGAGGAGGAGGAGGCGGUGGUUCGGACGAGGCCAUCCGCUCCAUCCUAGAACAAGCUCGAAGAGAGAUGGAGGCCCAACAGGCUGCUGUGGAACCCAGCCUCAAAGCCUCCUCUUCUUCCUCCACUUCAUCCUCUCACUCCCAGAGGGACUUACUGGUCUCCCAUCUGGCUGCCUCCUUCCCUGCCUACACCCCUCUGGCUCUCUCCCUGAAGAACACCCCCACCGCCCUCCCAGUCUCCCCCUCCUCGCCCUCAACAGUCCUGGACUUCAGCUCCAGUGUGAAGAGGGAGGACAGGGGAGUGUCAGUGCCAGACAGCCUGGCUGAUGGGGUGCCCAGGCUGGGUCGGAGCCCUGAGGGGUCUGCCCGGCCUGGAGGGGGGCACCGGAGGGAUCAGUGGUGGAGCAACAUGAACCCAGACCCCCGCAGAGAUACACCCACACUGGGGGGAGAGGAGAACCACACCCAGGAGGACUCUAAAGAGGCUCUUUCCCAGGGAAGUAUGUGUGACGGCGUGGGGUCUCGGCAGAACCCUUGGAGCAAGAUGACCUCCAGAGGCCUGCGUAUGCAGCUGUGGCUGAACGGUGACCUGAGCCAGAACACACACAUCAAGCCUGCUCACAACCAAGCAGAGGGCCAGACCUCAGCCAGCUGCAGCCCUGCCCCAGCAGAGGGCACUCCCAGCCAGACCUCAGCCAGCUGCAGCCCUGCCCCAGCAGAGGGCACUCCCAGCCAGACCUCAGCCAGCUGCAGCCCUCCUCCAGGGUCUCCACUGAGCUCUGCUGAGGAGUCACUCAAUGGUUUAGGGGGCGACCGGGACCCUCUGGCCCCCCAGGCCCCGUCUCUGGAGCCCCCAUCUGGUGAGCCCUCAGGGGGAGAGUCCCAGCCCGGUACGCCCCUGCCACUCCCUGGCCCCAUCACAGGCCUCAGCAUCCAGGAGACGAUAGCCAUGUCUCCUGAGCUGGACACAUACGUCCUCACCAAGAAGGUCAAGGAGGUGCUGACUGAUAACAACCUUGGGCAGCGUCUGUUUGGGGAGAGUAUCCUGGGUCUGACCCAGGGCUCGGUGUCUGAUCUGCUGGCUCGGCCUAAGCCCUGGCACAAGCUGAGUCUGAAGGGACGUGAGCCAUUCGUCCGCAUGCAGUUCUGGCUGCAGGACCCACACAAAGUGGAGAAACUAAUGGACAUGAAACGCCUGGAGAAGAAAGCCUACCUGAAGAGGCGCCACAGUUCGCUGAGUGAUGGCCAUUCUGUGGACGGUGGCCUGGCAGGGCCAGACUUCCUCCAGAGCGCCAGCCCCCAGCACCAGCAGCCUCCUCAGCUGUACCAGAAGAAGAUCCGAGUGGUUCUGGGUCCCGAGGAGAAGGAGGCUCUGAAGAGGGCUUACCAAGAGAAACCCUACCCCUCCCCCAAAACCAUUGAGGAGCUGGCCUCCCAGCUUCACCUGAAGACCAGCACUGUUAUCAACUGGUUCCACAACUACAGGUCUCGUAUCCGCAGGGAGCUCUUCAUAGAGGAGAUUCAGGCUGCAGGGUCAGCGGCAGCAGCUAAAGCAGGGGAGGGGGACAGCUGUGACGGGACAGAGUCCGAUGGCACGGUGGAGGGUCGCCACCGGAGGCCUACAGGGCCAGAGGAUCACAAAGAGGCCCCUGAAGACCAGGACAUGGAGGUCAGGGUUGAAGCUGGGGUGUCAGGUGGAUCCCCUGUCCCGAGAAACUGCACUACCUCAGGUUCGGCCGGGCCGGGCUCCAGCAGCAGCAGCCUCUUCGGUCCCCCUGAGGCAGGUCUCUCUCUCUCAGCCCCAGCCAGUCACACCUCAACCCCGGCAAGGAACCCCAGGGAAAAUACCCUGCGCAAGAAAAAAGCUGCCAACCUCAACAAUAUCAUCCACAGACUGGAGAAGGCUGCCGGCAAGGAAGACCCAUCUGAGUGGGAGUUCUGAAACCCCCCCCCCCCUCCCUUCACACCCCCUUCUCAUGACCUCACAACCUCUGCCCUUUGACCCUCGCCCUGGUCUUCUCCUAUUGAACAGAAGAGGGCAACAGCCAAAGCCAAGCUCAUUGGCCAUUUUUAUACACAGUCUCUUUCCGGAGAGAAAGGAGAGAAGUGGUUCCCAAACCAAGAUGUAGGAGAAGAUAUAAUGAACUCUGAGAAGACUAAAAGGAUUGAAUCCUAGGCUCUCUGAAUACUGAGUUUAGUUUUGUUACUGAGUAAAGCACUUAGUUGUCCUGCUGGCCACAGGGCCUGCUGUACCCCCAAACACCAUCAGUUACUGGCAGGCUGCACCACAGACAGGCAGGAAGGCAGGCUGAGCUGGGGCUGUUUUAAAGGAUGGAUGGACGCACUCACAGGAGGAGAAUUCUUUAAUGUGUUAAUUUAGAAGAGAUCCAAUUUUUUUUUCCCCCCCUGUCAACUCAGUGUCCUGUCCCACAGAACUCCCCUCACCUAGUGACCUCACCUAGUGACCUCACCUAGUGACCUCACCUAGUGUCCUGUCCCACAGAACUCCCCUCACCUAGUGACCUCACCUAGUGACCUCACCUA